AUGGCUCCCUCUGCUAUCGAGAGGAUCACGUCGACAGUGUCAUCUUUUUCACCCGACAGACCUCGGAUCCUUGUCCCUGAGAAAGUCUCCUCGGACGGUCUCGCCCUUCUUCAAGACAAAUACGACGUAGACAACCGCACCGGGCUGUCCCCCGAAGAUCUCAUCGACGUCAUCCCCAACUACCACGCGCUGAUCGUGCGAUCGGAGACGAAGGUGAACGCGGCUGUACUUGCAGCUGGGAAGAAGCUCCGUGUUGUGGCACGAGCUGGCGUUGGGGUGGACAACAUUGACGUAGACGCAGCGACAAGCCAAGGCAUUAUUGUCGUCAACUCGCCUUCCGGUAAUAUCCUCGCGGCUGCCGAGCACACGAUUGCCCUCCUCCUCGCUACGGCACGAAAUGUUGGCCGUGCAGAUACCACAAUGAAAGACGGGAAAUGGGAAAGGAGCAAACUUGUCGGCGUUGAAGUUGGCAGCAAGACGCUCGGGAUCAUCGGACUCGGCAAGGUGGGAAUGAAGGUUGCCCGGAUGGCCAUCGGCCUUGGCAUGACGGUGAAGGCGGUUGAUCCAUAUGCCAGCGCCGAGAUUGCUCGCCAAGCGAGUGUCGAGCUUGUGCCUGAUCUCGAGAGCCUGUUACCGAUUGUGGACUUCCUGACAAUCCAUACUCCGUUGAUGGCAAGUACAUUGGACCUAUUGAAGGAGAAGGAGUUCCAAAAGAUGAAGAAGACUGCCAGGGUCCUGAACGUUGCACGGGGCGGAGUGUAUAACGAAGCUGCCCUUCUUCGUGCCUUGGAUGAGGGGUGGAUCGCUGGAGCUGGUCUCGACGUCUUCACCUCAGAGCCUGUCAAAGUCGAUUCGGUGGCCGCUCAGUUGUCUCAACACCCCAAGGUGGUCGCUACACCGCACUUGGGCGCGUCCACGGUCGAAGCCCAGGAGAAUGUCUCGAUGGAUGUCUGUACGCAGGUUGUCGAGAUCCUCCGGGGCGGACUGCCGACGGCAGCUGUCAACGCGCCAUUGAUUAUGCCGGAGGAAUACCGCAAGCUGCAGCCGUUUGUGCGGCUCAUCGAGAAGAUGGGGGGCCUGUACACGCAACAUUUCGUUGGCGGCAGGGGCGGCAUGGUGGGUGGCCGGCAGUUCGAGCUCAUUUACCAGGGCGACCUGGCAGGCAUCUCCAACACACGGCCGCUGUUUGCCGCUUUGGUGAAGGGUCUUGUCUCGUCCAUCAGCGACUCUGGCGGACGUGAUGUCAACAUUGUGAACGCCAGCCUCACCGCCAAGCAAAAGGGCAUCAUCAUCAGCGAGACGCACAGCGGAGAGGUGAAUAACGCGGUAUACGCCAGCUUGGUGACGCUCCGGUCACACGGCAAGGAUGGCGAACAGGUCAUUGAGGGGUAUGUCUCGGGACAGAGCAUAUACAUCUCCAAACUGGACCGAUUCAGCGCAACAUUCCAGCCGCAGGGGACGAUGUUGGUGUUGCACAACUACGACGAGCCAGGCAAGAUUGGCGGUGUAGGAACGGUCCUGGGCCGGCAUGGGAUCAACAUCACCUUCAUGCAGGUGGCCAGCCUGGAUGACGAGGAGAAGAAGGCGGAGGAAGGCAACGAGGCGCUCAUGAUUUUAGGUGUGAAGGGGAAAGUUGGCGUUGAAGUGGUGGAUGACUUGCAAAAAGCAGAAGGUAUUCUCAACGUAAGCCUGGUAAGGUUGUGA